CGGAGUCUGGCCACGACCACGACCCUGACCCGGCGGCGGCGAGGACCGCGACCUGCUCGCACAUGGCUCGACACGUGUUCCUCACCGGGCCGCCAGGGGUUGGGAAAACAACCUUGAUCCAGAAAGCCUGUGAGCUUUUGCAGUCAUCUGGGGUGCCCGUGGAUGGAUUUUACACGGAAGAAGUCAGGCAGGGAGGCAGAAGGAUCGGAUUUGAUGUAGUCACCUUGUCCGGUGCCAGGGGACCUCUGUCUCGAGUGGGGUCAGAGUCUCCACCCGGGAAACGUGAGUGCCGAGUCGGGCAAUACAUAGUGGACCUGACCUCUUUUGAGCAGUGGGCGCUUCCAGUCUUGUGGAAUGCAGGUCCUGGCGGUGGCCCGCGGCAGAGAGUGUGUGUUAUCGACGAGAUUGGGAAAAUGGAGCUCUUCAGCCAGCCUUUCACCCAGGCUGUCCGCCAGACACUGUCCAUGCCAGGGACCAUCGUCCUGGGCACCAUUCCAGUCCCCAAGGGGAAGCCACUGGCCCUCGUGGAGGAGAUCAGGAACCGGCACGAUGUGACAGUGUUAAGUGUCACCAAGGAAAACAGAAACUGCCUUUUGCCUGAGAUCAUGAAGCACAUGCCGAGUGCGGGAGGUGAGCUCUCAUUUUCCUUACAAGUUGUCACAGAACGGGCUCUGUAGGGUUUGGGGCACAGUGGGGAGCAGGAAGGUGAGCUGCAAGCCUGUUCUCCCCAGACCAUGUGCUUCCUACUGCUCGCCCGAGAUGCUCUGCUGGGAAGCUGUGUCGUCCAGGCCCAUGUCCUCCUGGCUGGCUCUUCUGCACAUCACCCCCAGGUUCUCUGCCAUGGCCUCGGCCAGACCUCGGUCAUGAAGCUGGCCCUGCUCAGCGGAAUCUGAGGGGUCACAUGGCUCGGAAAAGUGCUUCCAAAGAGAUAGGAGAAGCAAGGACUGCUCAGCUACACUCACUGACCAGCUCUUUUUCAAGUCACCUCCCCGUCCCCCGACCCCCUCAUGCCGUGGGAACUGGAGCUGGGGUAAUACCAAGUGAAAUGACAGGCCUGACAGGUGGCCUAGGCUAAGGUUAGAAUGUGCCAAAGCCACGCGACUGUGGAGUCUCUGGACAUGGGCGUUUCCCAGGAGAUCAGGGUGUGCUGGAUGUGUGUGCCUGGAACUCCCCAGCAACCCCCCUCUUUCCACCCAUACUGAGCUCCGGCAAGUAACACAGGGAGAUUCCAUCCCGAUGGUGACACAGAGGCCACUGGUUCUGGAUGCUUGGAGUCCAAGGAUUCAUCAUCCUUGCUGGAGAUAGGGAAGGAAAAUUUGCCAGAAUCCCAGAAAUACACCCAUGGGGUGUGACUUAAACCAGACUGGGAUGGGGAAAGAAGUGGUAUUUUGUGCUUUUUUAUUGAGGAAAUGAGAAAAAAGGGGAAGAUGUUUGUGAGUUUAGAUAAUUAAACUCAAGUAAAACUCUGGCAAUAACGUCCUUUCUGUUGGCCUGUAUGGCCCAGGGGGCUGCAGGAAGCCAUCUCCAUCCAUCCUCCAGGGAGGACAGGCCCUUGCUGCAGCCCUGGGCUCUCUAGACCAGCCUGUCCCAGCCCGGGCUCCCCAGGAGCCCAGCAUGAAGGAGACGGAGGAUGGCACAGUGACUGCACUGGACCUGAGGCUGAGCACUGACUUUCCUGUGAACUUGAGAAAGCAAAGAAGGAAACCUCCACAUCUGACCCAUUUUUGCCGUAACGCCACCCAUUUUGUAAGGGAUCCCUGUGUUCUCUCUUCACUUGCUCUCUCCCUUAGGAAGCUCUGGUUUCAUGUAGUAUCACCCAACCUGGAAUUCCGGCUCUGAGGUUCGUAAACCACUCAUCUUCCAGUAUUUAGCUAUCUGAAAGUGCUGGGUAGGAAUGCAUGCUAUUUUAACUCUGCAUUGAUUGCUCCUUCCUGUCCCUCCAGCCAGAAAGAUGGGACAUGAACAGGAGGCCACCCUGCUUCCUUGGCAUGGAUGAAGGGAGCAUUCUCCCUACAGCAGCAUGUCACCAAGAACCCUCGGGAGAAGGUGAU